GAGAGGGAGGAAGAUUGAUCAUUUGUCCUGGGCCUUACAUCCCAUCGGCAAAACACUUUCAUUCUUUCUCCAACGCCACUAUUCUCCUUUUUUUGAUUGGAUUACAGGUAAUGAGGAGUCUUGCCUUGUGUUUUUGAUUUUGUUGCUUUUUUGGGAGGGAAAAUAUUCGCAGACGGGAGUCGCGCAGCAUCCUCAGCAGCAGAGGGAGUCACACCACCAAAUAUCCCAUCCCAGACCACGUCGGCUAAGCCGCGCUGCAGCAUCCUCGGACGUGCCUGCACACCCUGGCAGCAAAGCGUUGGACGCAGGGGCUUGUGAUGUGUGCAGUGUCGUAGCAGGGAGUGACAUAUGUCUCACACACACACACACAUCUGCGUGUCACUCACUCUGACACACCAGUUCUAGCUGAGCAGUCACCAUGAACGCCAGCUUAUCCUGUAGAGAUAUAUGAGGCAGUUUGGGCUUGUCAUGGGGGUGAGCGGAAGCAGAGAGUGACAGAGGAACAGUGAUGCUACUGUUUACAUAACAAGACAUCCACACACACACACACACACACACACACACACAUAGAGGCAAAGGACUGACGCCAACUGACUCACCACACACUCAGAGGCACUGAAUCACACACAAACACACAUAGGCAAAGGUUAUUUUCGAAGGGUCAGGGUGUGUGUGCGGUGUGUUUACGGGCCAAGCUGCGCGAGCGUGCAGGAUACCUCUGAAGGCUCGUAAACGCACACACACACCGGUGACUGCUUCCUCCAAUUCCCAACCCCCCCAGCCGCCCCUGAACACACCAUUAUGUCCGAGCAGAAGAGGAGACGGAGAGCUCCUCCGCCGCACCUCUCCUCUCUCCUCGGGCCGCUCUGCCUCCUCCUCGCCCGCUGCGCGGCGCCCGCUUCGGCGCAGCAGACGGCGCCCGUCGUCUCCACGGCGCAGGGACGCAUCCGAGGCAACCUGACUCCGCUGCCCUCGGACCUCCUGGGCCCCGUCAUCCAGUACCUAGGAGUGCCUUACGCCAGGCCCCCGACCGGAGACCGACGCUUCCAAGCACCUGAGCCGCCCUUACCCUGGCCCGGAAUACGAAACGUGACCCAGUUUGCUCCCGUCUGCCCGCAGUCGCUGGAUGAGAGGAGCAUGCUGGGAGAUAUGAUGCCCUCCUGGCUCACCGCCAACCUGGACAUAGCCGCCACCUACCUGACUCACCAGAGCGAGGACUGCCUCUACCUCAACAUCUACGUGCCCACUGAGGAAGACAUCCACGAGGAGGGGGGGCAGAGGCCCGUGAUGGUCUACGUCCAUGGCGGCUCCUACACAGAAGGCACCGGCAACAUGAUGGACGGCAGCGUGCUGGCGAGCUACGGCAACGUCAUCGUCAUAACCCUCAACUACCGCCUGGGCGUACUUGGGUUUUUGAGUACAGGCGACCAGGCCGCUAAAGGGAACUAUGGCCUGCUGGACCAGAUCCAAGCGCUGCGCUGGGUUAAGGAGAACAUUGCAGCUUUUGGAGGAGAUCCAAACAGGGUGACCGUGUUUGGAUCUGGAGCUGGCGCCUCCUGUGUCAGUCUACUCACCUUGUCUCACUACUCUGAGGAUUUGUUCCACAGAGCCAUCAUCCAAAGCGGCAGCGCUUUAGCCAGUUGGGCCGUCAACUACCAGCCCAGCAAGUACGCCCGACAGCUGGGCGAGAGGGUGGGCUGCGGCAUCGAUGACAGCACUCAGCUGGUGGCCUGCCUCCAGGGCCGCAGCUACCGCGAACUGGUGGAGCAGCACGUCUCUCCCGCCAAGUACCACACGGCGUUUGCGCCGGUGAUAGACGGAGACGUGAUACCGGACGACCCGCAGAUCCUGAUGGAGCAGGGAGAGUUCCUCAAUUACGACGUGAUGCUGGGGGUCAACCAGGGCGAGGGGGUGAAGUUCGUGGAGGGCAUCGUGGACUCUGAGGACGGAGUCACGGCGGAAGACUUUGACUUUGCUGUGUCAGACUUUGUGGACAGUCUGUAUGGAUACCCAGAAGGCCGCGACACUCUGAGAGAGAGUAUAAGGUUCAUGUACACUGACUGGGCCGACCGUGACAAUGCGGAAACAAGACGAAAGACCCUGGUGGCGUUGUUCACAGACCACCAGUGGGUGGCCCCUGCCAUCGCCACGGCAGACCUGCACGCUCAGUACGGGUCACCUACCUACUUCUACUCCUUCUACCACCACUGCCAGAGUGAAGCCACGCCACCCUGGGCAGACUCUGCACAUGGCGACGAGGUUCCCUAUGUGUUUGGCGUGCCCAUGGUGGGUCCUACCGAUCUCUUCAACUGUAACUUCUCCAAGAACGACGUCAUGCUCAGCGCCGUGGUGAUGACCUACUGGACCAACUUCGCCAAGACGGGAGACCCCAACCAGCCUGUUCCCCAAGACACCAAGUUUAUCCACACCAAACCCAACCGCUUUGAAGAGGUGGCCUGGUCUAAGUACACCCCUAAAGAGCAGCUGUACCUCCACAUCGGCCUGAAGCCCCGUGUCAGAGACCACUACCGGGCCACUAAGAUUUCCUUCUGGCUCCAGCUGGUCCCUCACUUGCAUCACGUCAACGAGCUUCUCCAGUCGGUGUCCUCCUUCACCCACAGUCCCUCUCCGCAGGAUGACACUCCUUACUCCUACACGAAGCGCCUGUCCAAGGGCUGGCCUCCGAGUAGCACACGUCACCCGGGCUCCCAAGGAGGUACCCCGCCGCCGCCAGAGUCCGCUCUAGGACAGGGCGGAGGCGAAAACGGCGUUCACGUCCCCAAUGAGGACUACUCGACGGAGCUCUCCGUUACGAUCGCAGUGGGAGCGUCUCUGCUGUUCUUGAACAUCUUGGCAUUCGCCGCUCUUCUCUACAAGAAAGACAAAAGGAGGCUGGAGCAUCGCAGGCCGCGUCCGCUUCCUCCUCCGCGACGGGAUAUCACCGCUGCCGAUGUUGCUGCUCACCUUCAGGGUGAAGGACUGAUGUCAUUACAGGUGAAGCAGCUGGAGUCGGACGCAGCGUCGGCCGACGAGAGGAACAACACCCACCACCAUCACACCUUGGACACGCUGGACGCUCUGGACGGCUUGGACACCCAGGACAUCUACAGCACGCUGGACACCGUGCGUCUCACCUGCCCGCCCGACUACACCCUCACCUUGCGCCGCUCGCCCGACGACGUACCCCUCAUGACCUCCCUGACCCCGGGCUCGCUCCCCGUGACCCCGGGGUCGCACUCAGUGACCCCCGCCACGCCCAUGACCCCCAUGACCCCCGGAUCGGUGGUGGGGAUGAGGAUGGGCCACCCUCACCAGGGAUACACGCACCAUAGUCCGUACAGCAACACGCACUUGCCGCACACACACAUCUCCGCGCACACACACUCCACCACGCGUGUAUAACCGCAGCGAGAAUCUCGCCCCCGAGUGGGACAUAAUUACAACACACACGCUUACACACACACACAUCAAGCAAGUACAAGACUGAAAUACCUCUACUAAUUACCCUGCAGGAUUGUUCCAGAUGGAGGCAGUACAGUAGGAACAGGAGACAAAACAGCUGUGUGGGGAGCAGAUGAAGAACUGGAGAUGCAGUUCUAUGCAUCGCUUUCCACUACCACACCUUCUGCUUUUUUCUAAGCCCCCCAGGAUAAAACAAAGGGGGGGUGGAUCUUGGGGUAAAACUGACCACACACUUAUACAUACACACACAAGGACUCCUGAUGACCACCUGAACAACCUGUGAAAUGUGAAUGUAGCAAUUUUUCUUCUUCUGUUUUUCAACUAAAAAGAACAACCUACAGAAGAGAACAAAAUACAACCGGGGAGAAGAAAAAAAAAAAAAAAAAAGGAGGAAUCUAUAUUUAAAAAGAAAAAUAACCCAUAGCUGAAGGGAAAGUGAGAGAUUGACCAGGGGGAGGGCCAUACUUGCCAACCCUCCCGAUUUUCCCGGGAGACUCACGAAUUUCAGUGCCCCUCCCGAAGAUCUCCCGGGGCAACCAUCCUCCCGAAUUUCUCCCGAUUUCCACCCGGACAACAAUAUUGGGGGCGUGCCUUAAAGGCACUGCCUUUAGCGUCCUCUCUCACCUGAAAAGGAGACUAUUAUAUAUGUCUCCGUUAUCCAUAGGUUUUAUCCACCGUAAUUUUCGGAGUAUAAGUCGCUCCGGAGUAUAAGUCACACCGGCCGAAAAUGCAUAAUAAAGAAGGAAAAAAACAUAUAUAAGUCGCACUGGAGUAUAAGUCGCAUUUUUUGGGGAAAUGUAUUUGAUAAAACCCAACACCAAGAAUAGACAUUUGAAAGGCACUUUUAAAAUAAAUAAAGAAUAGUGAACAACAGGCUGAAUAAGUGUACGUUAUAUGACGCAUAAAUAACCAACUGAGAGCGUGCCUGGCAUGUUAACGUAACAUAUUAUGGUAAGAGUCAUUCAAAUAACUAUAACAUAGAGAACAUGCUAUACGUUUACCAAACAAUCUGUCACUUAAUCGCUAAAUCCCAUGAAAUCUUAUACGUCUAGUCUCUUACGUGAAUGAGCUAAAUAAUAUUAUUUGAUAUUUUACGGUAAUGUGUUAAUAAUUUCACACAUAAGUCGCUCCUGAGUAUCAAUCGCACCCCCGCUCUAUGAAAAAAACUGCGACUUAUAGUCCGAAAAAUACGGUAUAUAUGUCUCCGUUAUCCAUAGGCUUAUCUAUAACCCAUAAAGUAGGCAGGCACGGAGCUAUUUCUCAGCGUGUGUUUAUUCCAGCCGGCACGUUAAUACACUGACACACAACAUCCAGAUUCCCAUCAUGCAUUGCUUCAAAACUACGGCAAGUAGUAAUGUCCAAAAACAUAACAGAGACGAAGCAGAAGAACGAAGAAGAGACAUGGCGACGACGAGUAAGAAGAAGAAGUACGCCUGCAAGUUCCAAAAUGAUUGGAAAAAAAUAAUUUCAGUUCAUCCAGGACAGCUGGAAGGGGAAGGGGUAUGCUGCCUGCACAUUUUGUAGAUCAGACUUCUCCAUUGAACACGGUGGCCGAACGGAUAUACUCAUUCAUGAACGGAUUAUUUAUAUAUAUAAGAAAUACUUGAAAAUAUAUACACCCCCCCACCCCUAUCUCCCGAAUUCGGAGGUCUCAAGGUUGGCAAGUAUGGGUAGGGCGGGGCGGGGGAUUAUAGUAUACCAGCCCUCUGAGAUGCUCCACCUAAGCAUCUCUCCUACCAGCUAUGUGUUUGACUCCUGUAAAUAGAACGGAAAGAUGAUAUAUUAUGAUUUAUAGCAUUUACUUGCAUUGACUUAUUUAACCACAUUAUUGCUUUUCAUUUCCGAUAUUACUCUGUUCUUGUGUAGAUGUCCUGAAGCGAGGCUGGUUGUAUGUCUCCUGUCACCCACUCUGGUAUGUACACUUCAUUUUAAGAGGCUUUCUUCGCUAUAUGCCGCCACUUCAGCCAGCCUCAUGUACUUGUAUACUUGUUUAGUCGCUGAAACAUGGGCAUUUUAAAAAAAAAAAAAGAAGAGAAAAACACCGUCCUGUCUAUUUGUUUUACUACUAGAUGAUGAGAUGUAUUGUGUAGAUAAUGCGACAUUGGUAUGAUGAUUGACCACCAGCCAAACGCCAUUAGCCAUUGAAAUCCCUUCCUCGUCUCCAUCUGCACCCUCACCCAAAACGACUAGCCUAAAAUAUUCCAUGUAGUAAACAACUCAAUUGAUUCAGGGAUAUCUUAAAAACAUUUUUUUAAAUCCAUUUCGCCCCCAAAAAUCUGAAUAUACAGUCAUGGUCGAAAGUUUACAUCUGUCUUGAGUUUCCAAUAAUUUCUACAACUCUUAUUUUUUUGUGAUAGAGUGAUUGGAGCACAUACUUGUUGGUCACAAAAAAACAUCCAUGAGGUUUGGUUCUUUC